UCUUGAUGCACGCUUUCUAGUAUUAUAUAACUGAACUAACUACUCAACUUCUAUUUCUCCUUUCCCUUCACCCUGCCACUUCUUUCAAGAGAAAGAAAGAAUGAUGGUAAGGUUGAGGUCAAUGAGGUUCAGCAGAAGCAGCAGCUCCAAGCUUAGAAAUGGGAACAAAGCAACACCACAAACAGAAAAAGAUUGCAGAAGCAAUAGUGAAACCAAAUGGGAAAUAAGGCCUGGUGGCAUGCUUGUUCAAAAAAGGGAGAUCAGUAACCAAAUUUCAGGGGAUGGGAUGAUCACAAUUAUAGUGUCAACUGUGUCAGAGUCUCAUGACAUUUCUAUUGAAGCCACAUCAACUUUUGGAGAGUUGAAAAUGAUUCUGUCACUGGUAACAAGUUUGGAGCCCAGAGAGCAAAGGCUUCUAUUCAAGGGGAAAGAGAGAGAUAAUGAUGAAUAUCUACAUAUGGUUGGGGUUAGAAACAAGGAUAAGGUUCUUCUGCUAAAGGAUCCAGCUCUGAAGGAGUUGCGUGUUUAAGAGUCCUACCCAGUGUAUGACUAAUUAAUCAAACUCAUUGUUAAGUAGUGCUAAGUGCUAACUAUUAAGGAAGGUGGAGAAAAUUGAAUGCAAUUAUGGAUCUUUUUCACUUGAGUUAGAUGAGGAAGGAAGAACUUAAUGUAAUUUUCAUUAUCGUUGGAAGCAUUUCUAAUUUCUUCAAUUGAAAGUGUGUAAGCUUAUGCUGCUCCACUAAUUUUCACAGUUUGAUAACAUUUUGUAUGAACUUGAUCAUAUGCGCCAGAGAUUCUUUACAAAUUACAAUUCUCU